UAAAAUUAAAGUGAAGAGCAAAAGAUGCAAGAAAGCUCGGCCUAAAAAACUAAAGAGCUUCAUCCCCAUGGCCAAACAUGAAACAUCCCCUGCUGAGCUGCUUAAAACACAUGAGAAAAAAAUCCUCCUUUUUGGAAAGCCUGGAAUUGGAAAAACAACAGUCGCCCAUCAAAUGUUGAACCUCUGGGCAGAGAAAGAUCACAGAGAACUAGAUUACAUGUUUUAUUUUAAUGUGAGAGACAUUUCACACAGAAAACCCAUGAGCCUGGAGGACCUUCUCUUUAACAUGUACAGUGAGCCAAAAGACAGUAAAGAAGAAGUGUUACAGGAUAUUAAGAAGAACUCUGAAAACGUUGUCAUCAUAUUUGAUGGAAUCACAGACCUCUCCUCUCUGUCGGUAGUAAAGGACCUUGUGGAGAACCUCCUGCCUGACGCAAAGAUUGUGACCACAUGCAGACCAGAUCAAUCUGAAGACUUCCUGACAGACUGGCCCACAGACUGGUUCAGAGUGGAGGUGAAAGGGUUCAGUGAAGAAUCUAUCAGGGCUUAUUUAACACAGAUGCUGAGUGCUGAGACUGACUCCUUGAGCAGUGUGUUAAACAACCUAGAGUUGUUCAGUCUGUGCCAUGUCCCAAUGUACGUACUGAUGGUAGUUGCCUGCAUUUAUUUCCCUACAUCAGAGGCUUCUGAACAGACAUGCACUAUAACUGAAAUGUACAGCAACAUCCUCCGUCACGGCAUCCAAAAACACAGUGGCAGACGACGUAAGGAUAUCGACAGUUGUCUCAAAGAAAACAGAGAGAAAAUAUUGUCUCUGGCAGAAAUUGCUUUUGAUGCAACAAAUGAGAAAAACAUGAACUUGACACUGAGGUGUGAAGAAAGCAGUGUCCAUUUUGCCUUCUUGGGGGCAUUUAUGGUUAACAUUUCACCCACAGCAUCAGACACUUGCGCUGCGUUUCUCCAUUACACAAUGCAGGAGUUCUUUGGUGCCCUUUGGCUCUUACAGAAUCCAGACAAAAUCAGAGAGGUUCUAGAGAAGUGCCAGACUGAAGAAUGGAAACACACAAAACACUUGAUUCCUUUCCUGUUUGGGCUUCUGAAUGAGAAGAAUAUUAGACUGGUUAACAGUCUAGUUCCAGCUCAACAGAUCAAGAAGACGUCAGAUUGGUUCUUCAAGGAAGUGGUGAACACAUUUCUUCCAUCUCAAACAAACCAAGAUCAUGCAGAAGGUGGUGAUCCUGAGUUUGAGAUAGAUCUUCUGUUUUUGUGUCAGUGCUUGUAUGAAUAUCAGUCUACUGAGGCCUGUCAGCUUUUCCUGGACAAACUCAACUACCAUCUAGACCUGAGUGGAGAACAUCUUGAUCCUCACCAGUGCUGUGCAGUCUCUUAUGUGACCAGUCAGUCUGCAGAGAGAAAGGUUGGAUUGGACCUGAACGGCUGCACUGUGUCAGACCAAGGAGUAAGGCUGAUACUGGGCUCUCUGAAGAAUGUCAGACAUCUUGGACCAUCCUCUGAUGAUUCAUCUGACCCCUCAAUGUUGUGUCAACUCUGGACAACUUUGCUGAGCAGUGAGGCAGAGAUGGACUUCACCAGCUUACUUAGUCUCUGUGGAAAUGAGUUGCACCUUCCAGUCCAGGGUGAAAGACAAGUGUUUGAGAGAGCAGAAGAAGUGAUGACACAGAGUCUAGAGAGGGUUAAUGUCUGUCUACACUGGGAUCAGAGAACUGUUCUCAGUGAAGCUCUCAGCAAAACCAUUUUAAAGUGUUUACCAAAUAUCAACAAACUCAGGUUUACUCCUCUACAACAUCAGAGAGGAUCCCCUGAAAGACUGGAGACAGAAGAGAAAGCAGUCCUACUAGAUUUGUGUCUACAAGCAGCACUAGAUCACAGAGAAACAUUCCAGAGAACUGUGAACACACUGCUGUCACUGUUCUCUGUGUAUCAAACUGAGAGAUAUGACAUCCUGCUGGAUCUGUACUCUCAUGUGAAGUACAAUAGGAAUCAAACAGCCAGGAGUGUCCUUCCAUCAUUGCAGCCACUUUACCAGUCAGCUCCUGCAGUCUGGUCCAUAGACCUCUCAGAGAGAAAGACCUCCCUCCUCCUAGAAGUGCUGAAACUCCAACCAGGGAAGAAACCAGUAGAGCUGAAGGGCUGGUCAGAUGAAGAGAGUGAAGUGAGGAGUUUCCUUCAGUGUCUGUCCUACAUCUCACAGCUGAGUCCCACCACAGUUUAUUACCACUCAGCUGACAGUUUCAAUCUCCCCCAGAUACGAGAGCCUCACCAGAGUUACAGCCGGGUCGGUUCAAACAUGAGUUAAUGAGACUCUUUGUUUUCAUUAGGCAUACAUUCCUCUCUUCCCAGGUCCACACAACAU